AUGGAAUCCCCUUGGCCGUGGCAUUUCAUCACUCUUUCUGAAGAGGAGAAGCUCCAUCGCAGGGAGCUCCUGGACAUUCGGGGCGCUUUUGCGCAAUGGUCCAUCAUGAUUGUCAUCAUUCUUCUUCGAGUCAUCUCCCAAAGCAAGAGGAUCUCUCAGACUGAAAGCGGAGCAAAAACACCCCGGGCACCUGUCUCAUGGUUGGAUCGGCCUCCGGUCGCCGGGUGGCUUGAAACUCGGAGGCAGUAUGCCUUGUGUGGCCUUUGGCUAUCAUGGUUGUUUGGCCUCUGUGUGUGGAAUAGUGGCGAUGAUUAUCUCCACUUGACCAAGGCGCUGGGCCAUGUCGCUCUCUCUCAGCUUCCCUUGCAGGUUUUGAUGUCGCCCGCAGCAUACAUAUCAACCUCGAAGCCAUUUGCAGCAUCUAUCUUUCCGUUCAUCACUUCUGUUCCUCAGAGUACCCUAACCCCAUACCACCGGCUUUUUGGUCGUAUGGUUAUUUCACCUCUGAUUUUCGGACAUGCCACUCUCUACCUCUUGUUCUUUGUACAGAAUAGCCACCCAGAAUUUGGCACACUCUUGGCCAAGCGAGUGCGUGAUUUCGAUGUCCAGUGUGGCCUUCUAGCUCUAUCUGCGGCCGUCGCUUUGUUGCUCUUCGUUCGGCCUCGUGGUAUUACUCAGAAGGGGGCAGCUCGCUCCGUACAGGAUCGGCGACGGUCAUUCUAUUUGGUACAUAUUUCGUUGGUUGUUCUGCUGUGUGUUGCAAUUUACCUCCAUGUUGCCCAGGCGCAAAAGUAUAUGGUUCAAUCAUUUGGUGCCUUUGUGUUGAACGGGGUGGGUUCUUGGGUCGCUGUGCGGUGGGGAGGCCGAGUAUAG